GAUCUGGCUUGGUGGUGUUUCGCAGGCUGGUCAGGAGCUUUGGUCCGUGCAUACUACGUACCUGGCAGCACCAUCACGUGCCACCUGCAGGCCCCCAACUGCCAAAAAUUCGUGCUUGGACCACAUCAAUGACCCGCCGAGAGCAGCCCCACCUUGCCUAGCGCGCCUUCACCGCGGCUGCUUUUGCUCACCACAGCGACCCAGAGCCACCGCAAGCUGCAACUGCAAGACUUCCAACGGCGGCAGAUCACCACAUUCAAACAUCACCGUGUCGCAAACAUGGCUGCAAACGAUUCCAAUCCAAAAUUGCUCUGGAAUCCAGAAAAUGUCAGAGACGUGGCCGAUUCAAUAGGAAUUUCCCUUGGUGAUGAACCGCUGCGAGUGCUGGCCCAGGAUGUCGAAUAUCGGAUCGGCCAGGUCAUCAUCGAGUCGCUUCGCUUCAUGAGGGCCUCCAAUCGCACCACCCUCACUGUCCAAGAUGUCUCCAAUGCCAUGCGCGUACUACAAGUCGAACCAUUGUAUGGUUAUGAAUCAACCCGACCCUUGCGCUAUGGAGAGGCGAGCCUGGGACCCGGCCAGCCGCUGUUCUACAUCGAAGACGAGGAGGUGGAUUUCGAGAAGCUGAUUAACGCGCCGCUACCGAAGGUCCCUCGGGAUACAAGUUUCACCUCACACUGGCUUGCCCUCGAAGGCGUCCAACCCUCAAUCCCCCAGAACCCAACCACCGCCGAAACAUCCUCAAAGGACCUCCUACCAAAGGGCCCAGGCGCCAAUCCGGCCCUGGCUGCCCUCGCCGGCAAUGACAAUGUCUCCUUCCGACCAGCCGUUAAGCACGUCAUCAGCAAAGAGCUUAUCCUCUACUUCGACAAGAUCCAAUCCGCUAUCCUCGACGAUGACCCCGAUGAAGAAAAGACCCGAUUGCGCAUGGCCGCCCUGGAGUCCGUCCGCUCCGACCCAGGCCUCCACCAGCUCCUCCCCUACUUUGUCAACUUCAUUGCGAAUCAAGUCACGCUCCGCCUCGAUGAUCUCUUUGUCCUGCGCCAAAUGAUGGAACUCACCGAAGCCAUCAUCCAAAACCCCAACUUCUUCCUCGACCCUUACGCCAGCUCCCUCGCCGCCCCGAUCCUCACCUGCCUCAUGUCCAACAAACUAGGCGGUAUCGAAGACGGAACCGACACAGUCAAAGAUCAGUACAGCCUCCGCGAGUUAGCCGCCAGUCUCCUUGGUGUUCUUGCAACCAAGUAUAACAAGAGCAACCGCCAACUCCGCCCCAAGCUCACCAGGACAUGCCUCAAGUACUUUAUGGAACCCAACCGUCCCCCGGCCGUGCUGUUCGGCGCCAUAAGUGGGGUCGCUGCCGCCGGAGGGCCGGAAGCAGUCCGGAUCCUUAUGCUCCCCAAUGUCAAGAGCUUCGACCAGGCCGUCCUCCAACCCCUCCACGACAAGGGUGAGGCGCAUAAACUCGAGUACGAGAUGUUGGUAGGCGGUAUCAUGAAGGCGAUCAAGGGUGCUGUCGGGGGUGACGUCAAGCCUAAUGCCAAUGGCGUCAACGGCGUGGAUCUCGAGCGGGAAGCGCAGCAGAUUGUUGAUUUCCUGGGGGAGACCAUCGGGAGAAGGGUGCUCGCGCUGGCGGACCACACGCUCAACAAGGCGAUCUUGGAGGUACGGCACUUGGAGUAGGAGGGGUUGUUUGGUUGGCUUUGACUCCAUCAUGAUCAUCAUAAUCAUCAUCACAUUCGGGAAGGGGUUCUUCUCUGGCUUGGACAGCGCGGCGUUUGGUGUUUAUGGAGGUUUCGGCAAAAAGGAGAAAGGUUGCUAAACCGUUGAUAUUUGAUUUGCGGGUUUGUUUUUUGGGUGGUCAAACAGAGCCGAUUCACAACGAAACUUUAUAUCCAUGAAGAAGGGGCCAACAUUGAAUCAUCUUCAAGCCCUGGUUUCUGCAAAAAUAGCGAUCAAUGCAAGUAUAAAUAAUCUUUGCAUAAUAAACAAACAGCGACAAAAAACAUGCUCUGUUGUGGCUAUACAAAUGGUGUCCUGGCUUCGGCCGUCUAUAACCUUUCCCCCUCUCCUUACCAGUGUUACACAUUCUGCAACUUGACUCCCCCGCUCUGCCUUCUCCUACUCACACACUCACCCCCUAUCCUGCCCUUGGUAUUUUCC